AUGAGUCGGCCAUCUAGGGACAGAGAUACGAAGAAACCACAACAUGACUCGAAACACAAGACAUCGGACUAUUUACAAAAACUAGAGUUUGAGCUACAAAUCCAGAGUGAGAGAGAACGUCGUCAGAAAGCAGAGCUACGGACGAGCGAGCAUGUUCAGAAUUACAGCGAGUUACACGAGAUAUGCGCUGAGUAUGAGACAAAAAUUGCAGAGACAGAAGCCUGGGCCAAACAAAGAGAGAUCGAAGCUGGAAAGUUGCGACAAACGCUCAGUGAGGAAACCAAACGAGCAGAUACAAACGAUUGGUAUAUUCAGCAGGCCGAGGAUGCGAUCUUGAAGCUUGAAAAAGCUGCUCUGACGCAGCGCGAGAGAGCUAGUGAUGUGGUAAAAGAACUUCAACUCCGAAUCCACUAUGGAGAAGAAAAGACUAAAGAGCUGAGGGAGUUGAUGGAAGAAGUCUCGACGGAGGUGUACAAAUACAAGAACCAGACUGCCAAGGAAGACAACAACUGGAUUGACUUCUACGAUCGAUUACUCAAUUAUGCAGAGCUGUUUGAGCAGAAGCGAGAACAGAUCUUGUUGAUAACCCAGAGAAUGCAAGCUAUGAUAGGACUCUCUGAAGAAGCCAUACAAAAACGGGCUCGCUUGUUGCAGAACGAAGAAGUUGAGCUUGAUGUUCGACGUUCAGCAGAAGAUGCGCAAAUCAGAAGGAGGAAGACAGUGAAUGAUCAAGGGUUAGUAGUAAGCCGUGUGACUGAAAGCCAAAAGAAGAAGACCCUGGCAGUGAAGGAGAGGGAGAAAAGAGAAAACGAGGAGAGGGCGCGAGUAAAGCUUUGGAAAGAGUCUAGAGAUACCUGCACCUUUUGGACUGACGAUGAUAGGUUCUGUUCUUCUCCAGAUUCAUUCAACGCCACGAUCGAGUCUGCCUACGACUUCCAACUUCCUGACCCAGCCAGGCAGCUACCAGCAAGGAUGUCACACGCCUUCGACGUAUCAUGGGCCUCGGAGCGCAUGGAUGGGGUGUUUUGCCCUCCUUGGCCUGAUUUUAGCCCUCCAAUUAGCCAAAUGGCGUCCCUCGACCUGUCUGACAGCGACACAGACAUUUUGACCGUGUCUGAUGCGGCUGAAGUGCCGCAGUUCACCAUCACCGCCCGACCACAGAUGAUUCAACGGAAGCGUGUGCGGUUCGCAGUCCCAGAUGUGACCGGCCUAGGUGGUAGGAACGAGAUUGAACGGCCAUCGCUGCCAAAGCGAAGCAAGUCAGUCCCAGAUUUCCACUCCCUCCAUGGCUUGGACUUGCCCGGCUCGAACUCGUCAAUACAUACGGCCAGACACCCGUCCCUCCAUCAAAGAUCGGGGAAGCCGGCGAUCCGCAGAUACCCUUCCCGUGCGGCGAUUGAGGUCGAGUCCCAGUACCGUUCCUCAAUUCACAGUGGAGGAACACGAGAGGAGCCGCUUCAACUAACGUCCGCUCCACAAAUCGAGUACUCCCGGCCAUCGGAGCUUCCCCUGCCACAGGAGGCCAUCCCGCCGACGGAGCCCUCCUCAACACGACUUCCCUCCCAGCCGCUACAACAAUUAAUCAGCCAUCAGUACUUGGAAGCUUCAUCUUCUCACUCAGCCAGAUCACAGGAUCAGUUGGUGGCGGGCCUACCUCCUCGUACUACCAGUCUUGUCCAGCGACGGCGAGGGGUGGGAAUGCCAGGCAAACGGGAUACGAGGAAGAAGUGUUCAUCGAAUUCAGGCCGAAUGGAGAAAGUCAGGUGGAGGCGCAGAAAGAAGGUGCCGAAGUCUUCGACUUUGCCAAUGCCGAUGCCCGGGAUGUGGCCCAGCGAAGUCCCACUGAACAACGAAUCCGAUACGACUAAACCUCGUCUAAUUGGGCACGUGUUUGAAUCGUUCGGGGGCGGCUGCACCGAGUCAUUCAUAGAAGGCGUUUUCAGUUGGUCGGUGGACUGA